CAGACAGUAAGCAAUGGUUUGUGCUGAGAGGCAGAGCUAUAGAAAUCCCACUUAGCCUCAGUCUCAUGGAUGUACAGUUUUUUUGAGGGUAUAAAUUCCCUUGAUCGAACACAUUUCAAUAAAACAAGAGAAGUUAGUAGAAUGGAGAUCCUGUGGUGAAGGAAGAGGAAAUCGCCCUGGGAGAGCCUGGGAAGUGCACUGUUGUGCCUUUAAAAUACGGUGAAGAAAUCUGAUUAGAUAUUUUUUUGUCUCUUGGUCAUAAUAGCAGGCAGAACAUUGGGAAUGUUAUGAGGACCAAAAAAUGGUCCCUGAAGUCCAGCAAGAGGCCGACAAGGAUGGCACUAAAGAAGGUUGCCUCCUUGGUGAAGCUGAAGGGCCUGCCGCAUCCUAAAGGGUGACCUGCUUGCUGGGGCCUGGCCUCGUCUGAAUCGCUCUGUGGAAUCCCUGGGCUUGGUGCUACGAGCGUCUUGCCUGCGGGCUCAGCAACGACUGCUGGGAAUUCAGAUCUCCUGAAUCGCUUUGUUUCGGUUGAGAAGCUGAAGCCCUUAUUGUGGAAACCCCGGUUCCUUUUCCCCAGCAUGUCAGAAAGCUGGCAGCAGCAGCCCCCGCAGCAGCCCCCCCACCAUGCUGGGGCAGCCGCCCUCCCAGAGCACCCCAUUCCAUCGAGCGCCGUGGCUGAGAAUCCCUUGGGCUGCGCGGUCUAUGGCAUCCUCCUCCAGCCGGAGCCCAGCGGCUUGCAGCACCACCCGCCCAUCCCUACCGGCGGGGGAGGAGAGCCCACUCCCAAGUGCGGGGUGUGUGGGCACGAUUUGGCACACCUCUCCAACCCCCAGGAGCACCAGUGCCUGCCGGGAGGCCACGACCGCUCCUUCCAGUGCUCCCAGUGCCUGAAGAUUUUCCACCAGGCCACCGACCUCCUGGAGCACCAGUGCCUGCAGGUGGAGCAGAAGCCUUUUGUCUGCGGCGUCUGCAAGAUGGGCUUCUCCCUGCUCACGUCGCUGGCUCAGCACCACAACGUCCACAACGGCAGCGCAGCGGUCAAGUGCUCCAUCUGUGAAAAGACGUACAAGGCGGCGGCGGCAGCAGCGGCAGUAGCGGGGCCCGAGGAGCCUGCCCCCUCGCAGCAGCCCCCGGGGGCGCUCAGCCGGACGCCCGUGGAGAAGCCCUACAGCUGCUCCAUCUGCCAGAAGCCCUUCAAGCACCUCUCGGAGCUGUCGCGGCACGAGCGGGUGCACACUGGGGAGAAGCCCUACAAGUGCAGCCUCUGCGACAAGAGCUUCAGCCAGUCCUCGCACCUGGUCCACCACAAGCGCACCCACAGCGCCGAGCGGCCCUACAAGUGCUCCGUGUGCGAGAAGGCCUUCAAGCACCGCUCCCACCUGGUGCGCCACAUGUACGCCCACUCGGGCGAGGCGCACCUCUUCCGCUGCAACGUCUGUGAGCUGCACUUCAAGGAGUCGGCGGAGCUGCUGCAGCACCCCUGCACGCCCAGCGGCGAGCGGCCCUUCCGCUGCGGCGCUUGCCACAAGGCCUUCCGGCGGCCCUCGGACCUCCGGCAGCACGAGCGCACGCACAGCACCGAGCGCCCCUUCCAGUGCGACCUCUGCCAGAUGAGCUUCAAGCAGCAGUACGCGCUCAUGCGCCACCGCCGCACCCACAAGGCGCCAGGCGCCCCGCCGCCGGCCGAGCCAGAGCCGCCGGCGCCCCCCUUCAAGUGCUCCUUGUGCGAGAAGGGCUUCGUGCAGCCGGCCCACCUGCUCUACCACCAGCACGUCCACGGCAUCGAGAACCUCUUCAAGUGCAACGCCUGCCAGAAGGGCUUCAGCCAGUCGUCGGAGCUGCUACGCCACCGCUGUGUCCAGAGCGCCGAGCGGCCCUUCAAGUGCGCGGCCUGCAGCAAGGCCUACAAGCGGGCCUCCGCCCUGCAGAAGCACCAGCUGGCCUCGCACUGCGCCGAGAAGCCCCUCCGGUGCACCCUCUGUGAGCGGCGCUUCUUCUCGUCCUCCGAGUUCGUGCAGCACCGCUGCGAUCCGGCCCGCGAGCGGCCCCUCAAGUGCCCCGACUGCCAGAAGCGCUUCAAGUACGCCUCGGACUUGCAGCGCCACCGGCGGGUGCACACCGGGGAGAAGCCCUACAAGUGCCCCUCGUGCGAGAAGGCUUUCAAGCAGCGCGAGCACCUCAACAAGCACCACGGCGUCCACACGCGGGAGCAGCACUACAAGUGCAUGUGGUGCGGGGAGCGCUUCCUGGACCUGGGCCUGCUGCAGGAGCACAGCGCGCAGCACACCGCUGCCGAGAGCACGUACCCCGGGGCGCCCUGCCUGCCCUGAACCAAGGCUGCUCUCCAGCCUGCCCCCGUCCCUCGUGCCGUUUCAGCGCUGCUGGGCUUUGGCUAGGACAGGCUGCGAGCCUCGCCGCUGCCUUCCUCCUUCACACUCGGCUCUGUGAAUGGCAGAGAGGGAAAGGCGGCAGGAGCAAAGGAGGCCCCCGUGCGCUGGGCUCGGCAGUUGG